AUGUCCACCGACGUCCUGUCGCAUUUUGGGGUUCUUGACGAACUCAUACAAGUCAUCUACCAGGGCCUUGAUCGAUUUGUCGCGCUAUCACAAGUAACGGAAUCUGCAUGGUCGAUUUACCUAGGCCUCAAGGGACCGGAAGGCAGGUGGUGGCGAGGCUCCUGGUCAGCCACACAUAUCCUCAACAUUACCGGCGUGCAAUCAGGCCCUCAGGUGCUUGAGAACUUUGCUGAAAAGCUUCGGACAACGUUUGUAAACGGUGACCUCACCAUUGGAGAAUGGACUGAGGGGGAGUCUGACAUCAACCUCACGUUUGGGCUCACCGCCAAGCAUCCACUACACAUGGCUUUGAAAUCACUAUCCGCAGCUGAAGCUGCAUCGCACGCAACUGCAGUGUUCACUGAAAUCGCACUACAAGCCCAGUCCCGCAAAUGCCAGCUAAACCCCCCUUUCCCGUCCCGCAACGUCAUCACCGUUAUCCCAGAGUCCUCCCACGCUAAUUCAGGUCCGCUGCGUUCCUUUUUUCAAGAUCCUGUCCCUGCUGCUGUCAAUCCGGUGGCCGAACGUAAAAUCAAAACUCUUGAGGCGGAACUUGCCCGUUCCAAAGAAAGGUCCCCGCCGGGUGAUACGACAUCUAAACCUUCAGCAAGCUCCCGACCUCCGAAGGGCGCAUCUUUGGCUAACCCGAAUAAAAAGGCAAGGAAGUACCAAGCUCUUGAAUUCGAGAGCGAUGAAGACUAG